AUGACUCUACAACGACCCCGCAUCGCAACUCUGGAAGCCUUCAUCAUCGACACCUUCACCAACGUCGGCACUGACGGAACCGAGGUCCCAGUCGACAAGGCUGACCAAAUAGGCGGUGCAGGCACGUAUGGGAUCAUCGGCGCACGCAUCUUUCUCCCUCCCAGCCGGCUCGCCAUGAUCGUUGACUACACGCCCGAGACGCUGCCGGCCUCGAUGAAGGCACAGCUCGAGAGCUACGGCACUGACAUGUGGGCGUGGCGUGAGAGGCAUGACGGCGCAGGUACAACGCGUGCAGUGAAUCGGUACAACGGACAGGUGCGGGGCUUCGAGUACCUUUCGGUGCCUCUGCUCCUGACGCCACGCGCGCUCCUCGACACCGAUUUCCAGUCCCCUUUGCCCGACUGGCUACACCUUGUGUCGUACCCGGCCCGCGCGGACCAGGUUAUCCAGGACAUUGCUGCCAUGUCCGCUGAGAUCGAUGGUGGCUGGCAACCUGGACUCGUCUGGGAACCAGAACCUCCAUCCUGUGUACCCGAGAACCUUGCCCUCAUCUCAAAGCUCACGCGACAGGUCGACAUCAUCAGCCCAAACCACACGGAAGCGCUGCAGAUGUUUGACCGCGCCCUCUCGUCGGAAAACGAACUCGUACCCGUCCUUGAGUGGGCGGCACGCUCGCUGGUGGCGUUUCGACCACGAAUCGGGGCUGUAAUCCGCGCCGGGCCCUUGGGAUGUUGCUACGCACUGACGUCCGAGCUCGUGCGCACGCCGUCACCACACCCGGCGUCGAGGAAGGUGUCGAACCCGGGAACGCCCAGCCACGUGCAACCCGUGUACUGGGCACCUGCGUUCUGGCAUCCCGACAUGCCUGGAUACAAGACCAAGGUGGUCGACCCGACGGGCGCAGGGAACGCGUUCAUGGGCGGGCUGAUGGCGGCGCUGGACGAAGGAAAGGACAUGCAUGAGGCGGUGGUGUGGGCCAACGUAGCGGCGAGUUUUGUCAUUGAGCAGGAUGGGCUACCCACGAUCAAGACGAUCCUGGGGCGCGAGGUGUGGAACGGGGAUUAUCCGUGGGAGCGGGUCGAGAAUCUCAAGCGGCGGAUGAAGAUGUGA